AAGUAAAAUGGCGGACUUGGCAAACGAAGCAGAGAAGCCUGCCAUAGCUCCUCCAGUGUUUGUUUUUCAAAAGGACAAGGCACAGAAGCGAUCUGCUGAAGGAUCCAGUGCAGAGGAUGGUGAAGAUUCAGACAGAGAGGAUGGAGAAUACUGUCCACCAGUGAAGAGAGAAAGAACUUCAUCCCUAACACAGUUCCCACCUGCACAUUCAGUUUCCAAGAAUAAUGUGUUCAUGCCAUCAAGUUUCUGCCAGUCUCCAACAGGCAACUCGGAUUCAGAGCCAGAAGAGAAGCCAGUUGGUUUUCGGUUGAAACCGCCUACUCUGAUCCAUGGUCAAGCUCCCAGUGCAGGCUCUUUUUCAGGCGUACCCAGUCAAAAGCCCAAGGAGCAGCAGCGCAGCGUCCUGAGACCUGCAGUUCUGCAAGCUCCAGCCACCAAGACCCUCACCGAACCCAGCAAGAGCAUAGUAACUGAUGUUGCUGUUAUAGACUCAAGUUGUGGAACAAAUGGUGUAGGGAAGUUUCCAGAAGCAGCCACAGAAAGUCGGUCAAUUUUCCUGAACAACAGUGAGAGUUCAGACAAAUCGCCGAAGAAAGACAAAGAGGGAGCAGCGCACGAUGGAGAUAAGAUGGAGGAGAAUACACAGAAAAAGGAUGCUCUAUCUGACUCGGGGUUUGUGUUCGGGCAGAAUAUCAAAGACAGGGCAAAGUUGGAUGAAAACUCAGUCAGUGAGUCUAAAGAUUCAACACAGGACUCGCAAUCUGAAAGUACUAAUUACUUCCUGCAGUACAUGGGCACGUCAAGCUCCCUGAAUGCCACAAACAACACAGACAAAGGAGCCAAGUUUGUCUUCGGCCAGAAUAUGUCAGAUAGAGUCUUGAGUCCGCCAAAAUUCGGUGAUUCAACAGCAGAGGCGAGUAAAGAGACAGCUUCAGCGUCAGAGCCCUCAUCACAGGAAGCAACUCCAGAAAAAAAUCAUAACGUGACAGAGUCUUUAGAGGAAUCAGCAGCAGCAUACACCAAAGCCACGGCCAAGAAGUGCAUUUUGGAGAAAGUAGAGGUUCGGACCGGGGAGGAGUCAGAAAGCAAUGUGCUGCAGAUGCAGUGUAAGCUGUUUGUGUUCGAUAAGCCAGCUCAGUCGUGGAUUGAGCGAGGUCGAGGGCUGCUAAGACUAAAUGACAUGGCCUCUACUGAUGACGGCACGUUACAGUCCAGGCUUGUCAUGCGCACCCAGGGUAGUCUGCGGUUGAUUCUGAACACUAAGCUGUGGCCUCAGAUGCAGGUUGACAAAGCCAGUGAGAAGAGCGUUCGCAUCACUGCCAUGGACACAGAGGACCAGGGAGUGAAGGUCUUCCUCAUUUCGGCGAGUUCGAAGGAUGCCGGGCAGCUUGCUGCAGCGCUGCACCACCGUAUCCUGGCCCUGCGGAGCCGCGCCGAGCAGGAAGUCGAGAGCACUGCCCCGCCUCACACUGAGGUCACGCAAUCCAACGAGGACGACAGCGAUGACGACGACGACGACGAGCUUGCUAACAACAGCAGUAACAUCUCUGCUGCGGGGAACACCACCACCAGUGGCACUUCUGAAACGUCUGCCGAGGCCCCGGCAGCCGAGAGCACAUAACACCCUGGUCAGCUCCCUGACUAAAAAAACUGCUCAACAGGGUUGGUUUUGUGCGGGUGUCCAGGUGAGACGGCCUUAACCACCACGACCCUUUUUCGGCACAGUGCUGCGAGCCCUUCAGCUCCGACCCUGUAGCAGAACUCCAGCGUCUCUCACCUAAAACUCGUAGUUCAUUCAGUUUUCCCCUUCUACGUUUAUUGUAAAUUUUGAAUUCAGUAAAAAGAAAUUUGUGUUUGUUUUUAUCAUUUUGUUUGUUUCGAGGGGUUUGGUUUUUUUUCCUGGACUGCAAACAAACAAACCCAGAAAAAGAAUAACAGAGACUUUUCCAUUUAUGGGUUUGGACUUGGCUGCUCAUCAUAUUGAUGAGCGUGAGGGUAUAUUCCUCUCUCUGUUUUAGGAUACGGCACACGUCACUGCUGCAAUUUCUACCACAGAACGUUUUUUUCUUUUUUUUUUCUUCUUUUUUUUUACUUUUACCUUUUUGCUCUCGCUCUCUUCCCGCCCCACUCAAUGUAACUCUCGCCGUCUCUCGUGCUCGGAUUCAGUCAGACCACCGUUCAAAACUCAGACCAUUCAAUAGCUUCAUGUACUCGAUUAAACCUUCAUGGACGUUCAUCCUGUUCUGUUUUUUGAUAUCUGUAACCUUUUUACUCUAACUUAUUUCCUAUAGUUUUACCAAGCAUCUCCGGUCACCCUUAAGCCAAUAUUCUUCCUAGUCUGCAAUGAUGGUAGAUAGAUCUCUUAAUGGUGUAUAAAUAAAGGACUAAACCAACAUUCGAA